CGAUGUUCGACGGCUCGCCUCGCGACGCCGAGCCCGCGCGCGCGCGCGCGCGACGCGCGCGCUCGAGCGGUUCGCGACGACGCCCCCGCGCGCUGGCGAUGUCCGGCGUGCCUUCGACGGGGCGCGCGGGAGCGGUUGCGGUCGGAGCGGGACGCCAACUGUAUCGACGGCGGCGAUGAAAAACGCGCCGCGGCGACGUAUCGCUGCGCGAACGGACACGCGCUCGACGCGAGCGCGUCUGGGUACGUGAAUUUGUUCGUCGGGAAGCGCGCGCGAGGGGACUCGAGGGCGCAGCUGCGCGCGAGACGGCGAUUUUUGGUCGAGGGCGGGCACUUCGGCGCGCUGAGCGAGGCGGUGGCGGACGCGGUGUUGGGACGCGCGGCGGACGCGCGCGAUGGGGACGCGGAAUUAGGGUUAGCGGUAGAAUUAAGGUCUGGAGGCGAUGCGGCGUCGACGACGGCGACGUCGCCACGAGCGAGACGCAUGGCGCGGAAGCGGGAAGCGAGGAGCGAAGCGCGCGCGGCGAAUCCGAACGCGGCGAACCCGAACGCGGCGUCGGCGAAGGUGAAGGCGAAACCGCUCCGAGUGGUCGAUUUCGGGUGCGGUGAGGGCUAUUAUUCAUCCGUCGUGCUCGAGCGCGCGAGAGCGCGGGAUGACGUCGAGUUGGAACUCGCGGCGUUGGACGCUUCGAAGGACGCCGCCGAUUUGUGCGCGGCGGCCAUCGGCCGAUUCGCGCGCGUCGCCGUCGCUGACGCGACGCGCGAUUUGCCCCUGGACGAUGAUAGCGUAGACGUCGCCAUGAGUGUAUUCGCACCGCGUUCACCGACGGAGCUCGCGAGGGUACUAAGGAAAGGCGGUCGAGCCGUCGUCGCGAGUCCGGACGACGAUCACAUGGUCGAGCUUCGCGACGCGUUCCGGGACGACGACAAAAUCACCGUCCUCGGCGUCGAGCCGAACAAGUCCACUCGCGUUGAUGAAGCUUUUCUUGCCGCCGGGUUCGACGUCGUGUUCCGACGCGCGAUUCGCGACGUGGUUCCGCUUCCCGCCGACGCCGUAGCCGAUCUCGUCUUCAUGGGUCCGAGUGGCUUUCACAACCCAGAAUCAGCUAUUCGCGACGCAGUCGGCGAUGCCCCGCGUGUCGUGACGAUAUCGUUUAACGUUGUCGUGUACGCUUUGCUUCGGUGA